AUGGGAAUCGUGGCACAUGUUGAGGGCCCUAGUUUGGGUGGGGCAUGCAAAGAUUUGAACACUGAUGUCCAGAUAUGGUCAACGACUAAGAAAUUUUCAAACGAACUUCAGAAAAAUCUCCAUCAAUUCCGUCAAUUAUGCAAUCUCAUUUGUAGGUUCGACAAGGAAAUAAAAUCUCGUCAUCUUUUUUCUCCAACAAUUACCGGUUUCUCCUUGUCCGCUGCCAACGACAUAUCUCGAGAAGAGAUCAAGAAUCCCUCUCGUCUUCUCACUGCGAAGAAAGUCGGGUGCACGUUUGCAUGUGUUGCGAACUUUAAAUCGCACCUGCGCCUCACCGAAAAUCAAUUUUUACAAAACUUGCUUGUCUGCACCAAAUGUUCGGCAUUUCAUCCGACGCCGAGUCCAAGGUCGCUCGGGAAAGGUGAUCAUUGUGUUCGAGAUGAGUUGUUCGAUCCGUUACUCGAUAAAAAUGGUAUGCGGUCACAAUGGCAACUGAGGAAAUUCGUAGAUCCAACCGAGUCAUGA